UCAGAAAUGCUUUGUUCUCUUACCAUGAUUAUUUUCCAAGGCCAAAGAGAUGAUUACCCGGGUUCUAAAGAGUGUUUCUGCUGUUAAUAAUGCAAAAAUCUUGUUAAUUUUUCACUAGAACUAUGAAAACACCCUUAAUAAUCAGUGCAGCUUUAACUAGAGCCUUUUGAAAGUAGUGGAGGGGCUGCGCAGAAGUGAUUCAGACCACGGUCCUAAGAGGCGAGAUAGCACAGUAGCAAUCACUAGUUAAACCAAUCCAAUCACCCUAGUCAUCCCUUCCCAGUGCUUCCAGUCGCCUUCCGUAACUACUCUCACUCCCAGAAUCCUUACUGCACUCACACCAAGAGCCGCGUCUGCACCAGCAACCAGCACCACUCCUCAGGCCCUUGCAGCGAGCACUCUCUCCAUCACUCGCUAAAGCACUUUCCAUCACGACCACGCAGCCUCUUGCACACCCUCCAGUAUUCCCUCGCCUCACGCACCAGCCACACCAGCUUAAUCCACCCCUCAAGACCCGCUGUAGCACCUAAUUUGCCUGUCUUUCUCCCUCGAUGUCUCCCACUGCCACCUCCAUGUCCAAGAGAAGCGAGGUGUAUGGUUUACAAAACUAUUUCUCUAAGACGACGGCUUGGGCCAUGCUGAUUAGGGGGGAGUAACGGUAUUCUGAGUUUUCUUCUUUAUAUUUACGGUAUAUAAAUAAAUAUGUGCAAAUGCAGAACUGGAGAAGCUGCCUUACACUUCCUAUGUUGCUCGUGUUCUCUGCCCAUCCCACCGCCUUUUGCAUUCACGUGGUUUCCGUGGCAUUCAUGAGUGUCACUGGUCAAGGCGUGUCACUAGCAUGUCUCGGCGGGAGUGAAUGUUCACGGGCGUCUGGUGAAUCUCCCCAUCCGUGACCCGAAGACACGCAUCCAGACCCAGCGUUGCUUAGCCUCGCUGAUUAAACGAGAAGCGGUGUAUUCAGCGUGGUGUGGUCGUUGGCAGCCAGAAGAGCCAGAAGAGCCAGUUGCUCCUCACACUACAACUGGUGCGUGUCUCCUGAAGGUGGUGAAGACAGGUGGUUCCCGCGCCCUGCCGCUCGCUUCACCAGAAAGUCCCUGCCACCGCUGCCUCCAAGAAAGGCGUCCUUGGUGUGACGCUGCCUCCCUUACCCUCCUUCCCCACACCCCACUAGGACUACAGUGGCAUCCUGAGGCUUCCAGAGAGGGCAUCAGGUGCAAGUAUGCAGUGAGGAGAGAAAACACGGGAUGACAAACACAAGACAAGAGUGAGUAAUGCAACAAACAGCACGCUCCCAUGAAUUUCCAGCAGACAAAGGCACCAGCGACACCAGGAAAGACAGCGCCGCACUGCUGCCAGGUCAGCGUCUCGCCGCCUCGCCGCCUCUCCGCCCUGCGCCAUGGGGGAGGGCUUGGGCUGCUGAGUGAGGGGGCGGCCACAUCAUCAGCGGCAAGUGGCAGCAGCGAGUGGCAGUUCGCGCCGCAACUCGCCUCGCUGCAGUGCCCCCAGGUGGUCCCGGAGGAGGGCAAGGCGUGGAGCCAUGGCUGGCGGCCGUGAGUCUCUGUGGUGGUGAGGGCGGCCAUGCAGGGGGAGAAGGUGGGCGGGAGGGUGGCGACAUGGGUAGCAGGGGUAGUUGGAGUGUGGGCGGGCAUCGCAGCCCUCGGAGCCCUAGUGGCCGCCCUGCUGUCCCCGCAGUGGGCGUUAGUGAGGGAGCCCAUGAUGCUGGGAGAGGAGCCGCCCGCACAGGAGGUACAGGAGGCCUGGCAGGGGCGUGGCGUAUCAGGCGAUGGGCGGGACCUGCAGCAACAGCACCAGCAGCAGCAGCGUGGCGAGCACCGCCCCGUCCUGACCAUCGUCACCUUCAGGCUGGGCCUCUGGACGGCCUGCCCGCACAUCAACACCUCGCGGCUCCAUGUCAAGGUAGCGUCACCUGAGUGCAGCAGCGUGAGCUACGGAUGGCAACCAGUGACCCAUAAAGACCUCAAGCUGCCUGCCCCUGCCCCCCUCAUGCAGACCGUCCUGGCUAGGAUGAGACUAUCGACAUUGUUUCUGGUGGGAGCGUGCGGGCUGCUGGGGGCCGGCUGCCUUCUGGCGGUGGUGGGCCGCUGCUGCUACCCGCACGUCGCCUUCCUGGCUGCUCUCCUCUAUUCCUUGGCAGGCUUGAGUGUGGGCGUGGGCGUGGUGUGGUUCGUGUCCGUGGUGUCUGAGGAGUACGGUGUGGCCUCUGGUCGACGCACGAGCUGGUCUGCCAUGUACGCCUACACGUACGGCUGGUCCCUGAUGGCAGCAGGCGGGGCGGGCGUGUCUGCAAUGUUAGCUGCCCUCCUCACGGGGCACGCCCAUCUUGGGCGACACGCGCCCCUGCUGAGGACGAGAACGAGCAGCACCGAGGAGAGCCUGGCGCGACCGCUACUCAGGUGUCGCAGCGAAGGGUGCUUGGGGCAGCGCUCCUUCACGUCAGACACCAUCAGAACCUACCUCACCUGUGACUCCCGCCGCCAUGCCCCGCGCCCCGCACACGCAGCCGCCACCCCUUCCCUCCAUCAGUGUUCUUCUAUUGUGGAUCUGACGCGGCCCCAGGACGAGCCUCCGCCGUCCCUGGCCGCCCACCCAGCCUCGCGACGCUCCUCGCGUGCCACUGUUCUCAGCGACGACGCCCAGCAGCUGCAGCACUCCCAGAAGGAACACCAGCAGGCGCCGCUUCCUCAGCCGCAGCACCGACAGCAGCAAGAAGCCCAGCAAGAACAGCACCAGCAGCAGCAACAGCAGCAGCAACAGCAGCAACAGCAGCAGCAGCAGCAACAACAACAGCAACAGCAACAACAACAACAACAGCAACAGCAACAACAGCAGCAACAACAACAGAUGCAAGGCGGGCGGAGUUGGUUGGGGGAGCCGUCUCGCGUCAUCAUUGAGGCUCCCCGCGCACCUCUACCACCGGUGGUUCCUCCUCCCCCUCUCAGCUCCUCUUCUUCGUCUCCGUCACCUCUUGAGCCGCCCCUGCCGCCCGUGAUCACCAACACCACCGCCACCACCACCACCACCACCACGAGCGGCAGGUCGGGAGGCACGGGGCGGCUUAGCAAGGUGGAGCCCCCACGCCUACCGGAAUAUAGUUCCUUCAAGGGGGACUACACCCGCUCCCUGCCGCGCGAGGCCCGUCAGAUGGCAGUGUUCGAGCGUCGCGGCGGCCAGCGCUCCACCACCCUCACCCGCCCCCCAACCAAGGUGUCCUCUGAGGUAUGAGAUCAGGACCCUCCCAGGAAGUGCCCCGCCCAGCCUAGAGAGGAGGAAGAGACGUGGGUGUGAGUUCGCCUCGCUACACCACACCUGUCUCCUCCUCCCUCCUACAGAGCUUCCAAUGUAGUUUUUGAAUCCUGGAUCAGACCAGGCAGUCUGCCACGCACUGGGAAGCUGUCGAGGUUCCCGCGAGAACCUCUUGGGUGAUGGUGGUGGCGGAGGCAGCACGCGGGGAGGCUGACGUCGCUGAAAUCCCCAAAACCCCGUGACACGUCCUUGACAAUGGUUCGGUAGGCCGGCUGAUGCUCCAGUGCGAGUGUCGUGCCGUGGGUGUCUCGUGGUGCUGCCCACACAUACCAGCGUGGCGCUCCGCUGCUGGGAGGGAACGAAGGCUGCCGCCACAAGGAACUCCACCACUCAGGCCGCUGCUAUUUUCUUAUCUAGUCCAAGCAGUCCGAUGAUUUUUAAGCAAUAUGUAAGCUAUUCUUUGUAAGCGACACUGUUCGUACUGUAAAACACAUAUUCGCCAUGCGGAACACAGCUGUGGCCUCCCUUUUAAAGACAGUGACAAGACGAUGUAUGUAUGAGGUGCGAGCGACUGCGGUGCACACCAGGCGCCCGCCACCACCGGACUAAUGUAUCUUAGCGGCACCGUGAGCGUGUUGGGAUGCCCGGUGGGUGUCACUAGUAGCGCUGUUUGGUGAGCCAAGUCGUGUUUAAGAUGACAAGGAAAACAAUGACGGCACCAUCACUUACGUAUUGACAACAACAACAACAACAACAACAACAACAAUGAUAAUCAUAAUAAUAAUAAUAAUAAUAAUAAUAAUAAUAAUAAUAAUAACAUUGUGAAUGUUAUUAUGUUAUUAUUAUUAUUAUUAUUAUUAUUAUUAUCAUUAUUAUUAUUAUUAUCAUUAUUAUUAUUUAGGUUCAAACGUUUACAAAGACCGUGAAAAUAAUCUUCAGUGUUGGUGUGAGACAGAACAUCUCUCAUUUGUAGAUAUAGAAAUCACACACACACACACACACACACAUGAACUUAAGAAGGCCGUCAAACUAGCUCAUAAGGUUGGUAUGUAUGUAUGUAUGUAUGUAUGUAAUUACGUAUAGCGAGCGACCAUAAUAUUACUACACAAGCGUGUUUUAUACCUAAGAUAUUUCACAUAUCAGUUUGUCAUUCAGUUAUAAAAAUGACGAAAAGUAAUAAUAACAAUGACAAUAAGGGAGGAAGUGUUGUUUCGUUCAUCCAGCUUCAUUAGAGUCGAGUCGAGCGUCAAGAAAGGGCGAUCUUUCCUUUGCUUUCCAUUAAGGCUGUGAAAUUAUUAGGCGUUCUUGUCUAGACAAAGAGUAUUUGACGAGCUGCCUGGUAAUUACAGGGAAGAGAGGAAAGGUAAACAGAGGCCACUGGGAAGAGAGUUUAAGGGUUUAAAGGAUGGAGAGGAGGCUGGGAAGGACGGAGAAAGCAGAGGACGGGAAAGGAGAAAAAAGGACUGGACGGAAAGGGAGGCUGGGGAGAGUAAAGAAGAGGACGGGAAGGUAGCAAAGAAGUAGAAAAUUAAUGAUGUUGUAGAGUGUUCUAGCAGAAAGAGGUGGAUGGCACUCUCAUGCAGGGUCAGAGAAGCAUGAAAACGUCACAGUCAUUCCUUUCCCUCAAGUAGUGACAGCAGACGACCUAGGCAGCAGUGAUGGUAGUCAUGAACGCGUGGUCCUGACGCGGAUGGCGCUCUUCAUGUGACUGCCAGACUCAGCCUUCGCCAGCACCUGUCGUUUGCCAUCGUUAAAAAGUUUUUAUCCAUAUCAUUAUUUAAUUUUGGGUCUUCCAUUCAUAAAAGACUAUCCUUGGCCCAGAGUUCCCUCGAUCAGUACCCACCACGAACACCACUGCUUCAUUAUCUUUGGGUAACAUUACCAUAAAUGUUACCUGAAUAUAUAGUAUAUCGGGGUGGGAGUUGUUUUUUUUUUUUUCUUAUGUAAGAGGAACACUGGCUAAGGGCAAUAAAAUGUACGAAGAAAGGCCAAUUGACUGUACUGUAUGUCAGCUUCGAACACGUUCGAGCAUUUGCCUCGAACACAGUCAUCAGUUAUUUCUCCGAGCAUGUUCGUAGCAUGCUCAGGAAUAAGUUUCUGAUUAUGUUCGUAACAUAUUCAGACCAGUGUUCCGGGCAAUGUUCGAGGACUAGUGUGUCCGGGCCUUUAUACGCUCCGUGGUUUCCGCUAUAGUUCACGCUGUGCAGCGCGCCGUGACGUGACUUUAAAAACAUAGCUCUUGGUGGGGGACGGGCAGAUGCCAAAGACGCACGGGAAAAUAAUUACAUAUUAAGGAUCACCCUGAAAAGAGACACGAGUGAGAAAGGGAUAAUAGUGAAUAGGGGAGUAAAUACAAUCAAUUUUAAACUUCGCCAGUGUUUUUUAAGUAACUAGACUACAUACUAAGGAAACCUCAGGAAGAAGUUUUUUUUUUCCAUAAACCUGUAGGUUACUCCAUUCCUCUGGACUGUGUUAAGUGUGGAACUUCCAAGCAAAGUACAGAACUCGAGAUGGUAAUGCAGCCUUACUUCGAGCCCCUUCAAGAUGGGUCUCCCUCCAUGAAGACAUCUUUGAGUGCAACACCCUGACCCUCCCUACACAUGUCUCCACUUGUGUGAUAGCAGCCUUGGGAUAAAAUGUACUUUUCCCUCACCAAUGAACCCUAAGACAACCCUUCAGAGGCUCACAUGUCAGUGGCUCAGGACAGUAAAACCUUCCUUCAGUGUGGCCUAGCAAGAGGACUGCUUGGAAAGAAAUUGGAAUGAUUGUGACCCAAGCAAGCAAGGAUUUUUGGAAUGAUUAGCAAAAACUAGCAACACAGGUCCCUUAACUAAAGACGGUAAGCUUCACACACUAGUAGAAAUACAGAAGACAGUGAAAGAAUAUAAUGAUGACACAUAUCUCAAUAUUCAUCUUAGGAUGAUGUAAGUCAGUGUGUAUACCUUUCCAUUUUUAAACAAUACAAAGAUGACAUGUAUCUAAUUAUUCAUCUUAGAAGUAUUUAAGUCUUUUAAGUUUCCAUCCUUUUUACACAAUACAAUGCUGACAUGUAUAUACUCAUCUUAGGAGGAUGUAAGUCUGUGGUCAUACCUUUCCCAUCCCUCCUGGUGUACACUGUGAGCCUGAUGAUGGAAGUGCUGUGCUGCUGGUGAAUCUGAGCCCUCACACUGGCCUCCGGGUGGCCUGUGUGCCUCUGAUCAGUGCCAGCACCACCACAUCCAGUCUACUGUGCACCAGUGGCUGUCAGGUAGUCUGCAGGAAAGGUUAUGCUUAAUGUAUCACCUGAAUUUUCUUGUCUUAACACACACACACACACACACACACACACACACACACACACACACACACACACACACACACACACACACACACACACACACACUCUGACAACUAAUGCCACACUUGUAAUUUUUUUUUUUAAGGACUUCACAUGAUUUCUCAAUUCUACAGACAGUGUUUGGAAUUUCACUUUUGAAUCAUCUUGAAUAAAGGAUGCCAACACCUA